UGGUAUGUUUGUUUUCUCCCCUCAUGUAACUGAGAGGAAGGAAAGGAAGAAAGAGAAGUAACUAAGUCAAAUGUGCCUCACUCGGUUGUGGCUGGGGCUAGGGGAUUUGGUUUGGAGGAUCUAAUUUCUGGUCAGUGGCAGCAAAAGGAACAGGAAAGGCAGGCAGAGACAGACACACGGACAUGUCCAUCUCAGCAGCAGGCUGUUGGCUGGUUCUCUGCCUUUUCAUCGCUGACAAACAGUUAUCACUACAAAUCUCUCCCGCCUGUGAGAGUGAGCAACACUAUGAGUAUUCUGGACGGUGCUGCACAAAGUGUGAGCCAGGAAAGUACAUGUCUGCCAAAUGCACUGCCACCUCUGAGACUGUGUGCCAGCCUUGCGGCCCAAACGAAUAUAUGGAUGUCUGGAAUGAAGAAGACAAAUGUUUACUACACAAAAUAUGUGAUGAGGGGAGAGGUUUAAUAGAAGUGAAUCCAGGAAAUAGAACGUUCCAGCGACAAUGUGCAUGUACACUGGGAUACCACUGUAACGAAGACUGUGAUUACUGUCUGCGAAAUACAGAAUGUGCUCCAGGAUUUGGCGUUCAGCAUCCUGUGCAACGAGACAAGGAUACUGUGUGUGCACCAUGCCGCUGGGGGUACUUCUCAGCCAUCUAUUCAUCCACCGAUGAGUGUAAAUCCUGGACCAACUGCACAGCUCUGGGAACUGCAGAAGGAGUUCCUGGGACUGAUCGGGCAGAUGUAGUUUGCGUGGAACCUACGAUGUCUGUACAACCACAAGAUGAAACAAACAAGAUCUUGUAUGUUCUGAGUGUUCCAGUCCUCUUUGUGAUAUUAAUCAGUAUUAUCAUACUUAUCAUAUAUUACAAAAAUAAGGGGAAAGCACUGACAGCAGAUCUACAGCAGUGGGCUAAUGAAGUAUGCAGUCAAAUAAAAGGGACGAAGGAAUCCCCCCAAGAGCCAUUUGUUAAUAUAAACAUGGUGAACGCUACAAGUCCUCAGCCUUCUGAAGGAAUAUAUUUGCUAGCCCUUGAUGACUAUAUUUUUUCUGAAGACCUCGGUUGCCCAAAUGGGCACACUCUCUAUGGGAAAGGCAGCCCAGAUACAAUCCACUAUGACUUGGGAGAGAACUUCCCAACAUUGUCUUUAGCAACAGAGUCUGAGGAUGACCACUUCAGGCAGAUUCCCAUGGAAGAUGAAUAUGUAGAUAGAGCUCCCCAUGCCCAUGGUUAUUUACCUUUAUUGAGUCAGCCUGACAGUAAAUCUGUGUCACCAUUUUCAGAGCCACUGGAGGUAGGGGAGAAUGAUAGCUUAAGUCAGUGCUUCACAGGAACUGAGAGCAUGGUGGAUUUAACAGGCUGCUAUAGCUCUGAUCCUUCACGCGGCAUGGACUGCAUCCAUGUCUCCUCAGACAAAUACCUACAGAAAUCUUGUCAUUGCACCUGUAGUCAUAUGAAGGAGACAGAGAGAAAGGACACAGAUCACUUCCCAGUGAACCCUGAGUCAGUGAACAACUGCAUGGGCUGUGGGGUUUCAUCUAGGGAAUCUCCUAGGAAGUGGAGCGAACCCUUUUGUGCAGCAGUUGACUAUACCACAGCCUCACCGGAAAAUGGACUUUAUCCACAGUGCACCUGUGGCUUGGACUUUCCCUCUGCAGGUCAGAGUACUUUAGCAAGCAAUCCUGGCAUGGAAGAUACUCCCUCUGAAGGUACUGACACAAAGUACCAGAAAACAAACGGAAGCACUUCUGGGGCAAAUUGUAGCACUUCAGAACUCCCACAAGCAUCGGGAAAUGUGACUGGAAACAGUAACUCGACAUUUAUAUCAAGUGGACAAGUAAUGAAUUUUAAGGGUGAUAUAAUUGUUGUCUAUGUUAGUCAAAACUCCCAAGAGGGGACAGCCGCUACUGGAACAGCUGAUGAGAAUGUGGGGAGUCCAGUGCAAGAGGAAAACCUGAACCGCUGCGAGACUUUUGCAGGCAACACCCAACAAUACAAAGAAAAAUAUGCUGAUGCUAAUCCAGCCUGCGCUGCAGAGAACGAAGGACUAAAUAGCACGGGGGAAUAUGAGAGAAGGCUGGGGCCUGUGGUUCAAGAAGAAAACCAAGACAGUCAGGACAGGAAGUGCUGCCACAGUGGGGCCUUUCAACCUGUGCAAGAGGAAGGAAAGCCAGGACAAUUUUCAGAGAAAGCAUUGCACUGAUGGGAAUCAACAGCUGUUUGCUCACUCUUAGUAUUUGACUGAAACACCAUUAAUACUGAGGGACUGUAUAACAGCCAGUGAAUGAUAUUAAUGGUCUGCACAGUUGUGUUAGCUGCUCAGAGGCCUGGUUGCCAUGACUGGUUCAUUAGAUCUGAGACCUUUAUUAUUCCUGGUGUCUCUUGGGGACUUCAUCAAAUGGAACCGACAAUUCCAUGGUAAAUGCCUGUGAUGCUAUCACUGUGGAAAUUAUUAGUGAAGACAGACACAAGUGUAAAGCUGCUAUCACUGCAGAAAUAUUUGAUGGGAAGGAAAUCUACUUCCCCACAAUUGUACAGGUUGUUCAAGACUUGCUGUCCAUUCCCUUAUCCUUGGGACAUAAAGUGGAAGACUUUAA